GAGUGGCAGGACCAAGUACUACUUCAAAACUCUUUCUCGAUUCGAUCUGGGCAUUUGCGACCUUAGCCUAGCUCGAAUGGCGGAAUUUUGGCGAUGGGCAGUGACAGGAUUGCUCGUCUCCUUCGCUUUGGGGUCGGCCAUUUUCAUGAGCAGGAGCAAGAGCAGCAAGAACAAGCCGAGGAAGAUGAUUCCCAAGGACCUGGAGGCUGCUCACUCGAUGCUGGACAAGUUUCACAAUGCCUGUGCCACUCCCGUGGAGACCUUGCGCAAAAUCUCCCAAGACAUGCUCUCGCAGAUGGAAGCUGGCCUCCAGAGUGACGGUGGGAGUAGGCUCAGGAUGCUACUCUCCUUCGUUGAGCAUUUGCCGUGCGGCAAUGAAACUGGCUUGUUCUACGGGCUGGAUCUCGGAGGAACCAACUUUCGAGUCCUUCGAGUGCAGCUCGGUGGCAAGGAGAAGAGAAUCCUCAAGCAAGAGUCUAAGGUGGAUUCCAUUCCUUCCGAGAUUAUGACUAGCACCAAUGAAGAGCUGUUUGAUUACAUUGCACGAGUUCUUGCUGAUUUCGUGGCCACCGAAGGCGUCGAUUGCAACUUAAUCCCGGGGCAAAAGCGUGAACUGGGCUUCACAUUUUCCUUCCCGGUGUCACAGGAAUCACUCAACUCUGGGAAGCUGGUCAAGUGGACCAAAGGUUUUGCAAUUGCUGAAACGAUCGGUCAAGACGUUGUCAAAGAAUUACAGGCAGCAAUGGAGAGGUGCAAACUGGACAUGCAUGUCAUUGCCAUGGUGAAUGAUACAACUGGAACUUUGGCCGGAGGACGCUACUGGAACGAGGAUGUAAUGGCGGGGCUGAUUCUGGGAACCGGUUCUAACGCAUGCUAUGUAGAACAAACCAGUGAAAUCCCAAAGUGGCCACCAUCGCUACCAAAACCUGAAGAAACAGUGAUCAAUAUAGAAUGGGGUCAUUUCUGGUCACCACACAUCCCAAAGACGGAGAUUGACGAUGAUUUGGAUGCUGAGAGUGUUCAUCCUGGACAACAGGUGUUUGAAAAGCUUUUCUCGGGAAUGUACCUUGGAGACAUUGUCCGGAGGAUGAUUCUUAAACUUGCAGAGCAAGCAUGUUUGCUUGGAGGUGUAACAGAGAUUCCCAGCAACAUGGCAACACCUUUUGUUCUAAGAACACGAGACGUCUCUAUAAUGCACGAGGACGAAAGUGAGGACCUGGAAAAUGUUGCACGCGUCAUGGAAACCAUCUUUGGACUAAAAGAGCUGCCGCUCGAAGUUCGCAAAGUGAUCAAAGACGUUUGCGAGAUCACGGCAGCUCGGGGUGCGAGAUUGGUAGCGGCAGGGAUUGUCGGGAUCGUGAGAAAGAUCGGUGAGAGGAAGAAAAAGAUCUGUAUAGCCAUAGAUGGAAGCCUGUACGAGCACUAUACAAAGUUCCGGGCAAAACUACACGAAGCACUGGUAGAGCUUCUGGGACAGGAGGCAGCAGCAAAAGUUGUGAUAGAGCUAUCAAAAGAUGGAUCAGGUCUUGGAGCAGCCUUACUUGCAGCAUCUCACUCAAAGAAAGACUUGGAAGAUAAAUGUGACAAACAAUGAGAAACUAGAAUGGAGUUUCUCUGUAAAA